AUGGCUGAGUCCCGCUGCCUUCCACAUGCUCCCUGGGAGGGGAUCCCCACUGCGGCUGAUGCUCCAGCCAGAGGGUGCACGUCUGCAGCAGAGCCCUGCAGCAGGCUGGGCUGCAUCACAGCCCUGGGAAGGACUGGGCUGCACCAGGCUGGGCUGCGUACCAGCGCUGUGUCCUCACUCUCUCUUCCCCUCUCCCCGCCAGGUUUGCAUGUCUUCGCCAUCGCCUUCGCCUUGGAGGUGUCGGUGGGGAAGACCAACACUGUGAUGGCUCUGAAUAACUCCAAUGUCCUGCUGCCCUGCACCUUCACCACCUGCAUAGGCUUUCAGGACCUGGUCUUCACAUGGUAUUUCAACUCGACAGAGAUGAUUUACCACGGCAAGAUAAAGAGCAAAGCCUCGGAACCCUUCCUUGUGGGACGCAACCCACGGGUCGAGUUCGUCGGCUCGACGACCGGGAAGGACAACAACAUCUCCAUCGUCCUGAAGAAUGUGGAGUUCAGCGAUGCUGGGAAAUACACCUGCCACGUCAGGAACCCCAAGGAGAAGAACGCGCAGCACAACGCCACCAUCUUCCUCACGGUGGUCCAGCAGAUGGUGGAGGCAGACAACACUGUGACGCUCAUCAUCGUGGGCGUUGUGGGGGGGCUCAUCGGCCUCCUCAUCCUCUUCAUGCUCAUCAAGAGGGUUGUCCUGUUCAUCAUCAAGAAGACUCAAGAUGGGAAGAAGGAGUGUCUUGUGAGCUCGUCAGGGAACGACAACACCGAGAAUGGCCUGGCCGGCUCCAAGGCGGAACAAAAAGCACCACCAAAGGCAUGA